AUGGCCGAUCCUUUCAGCAUUGCAGCAGGGGCGUUCGGCAUCAUUGUCCCUGCGCUUCAUGCGACAAGACUCCUACUGGACGACCUCCAAAAGAUCUCGGAGGCGCCAUCCACUAUGGAAAUUAGUCCUCCGCAGUGGGCCGCACUAGGCGCAACCGUGGUCGAGCAGUCGAAGAAUGCCAUCACUUCUUGCACGAAGUCUUGCACCGAGUUCAGGACCGACUUGCAACGGUGGACCCGUCAUUCUAAUGAGGGUGACAUCUCGUGGAGGGAUCGAGCCAGCUUAGACCUUUUCCGACAGAACCAGAUCAAAGCCAUGUCCGACCAGCUACAGAAAUAUCGGACAACUCUCAAUCUGGUCGUUAGCACAGCUAUAUUGCACAGCUCGAUUCGUGGCCAGCGUCUCACCGGGGAAUCAAAGACCACUAUCGCCGCAAAGGAGAAAGAUAUCGCUAAUGCAAUCACCAGCACCAAUCAGCAGCUCUCUAUGCUGGAUAAACAGUCCAACCAGCUAAACCCCACCGACAUUGAACGUGGAAAUACCAGUGGUACUGAAGACACAUACAAAGACGAGGCUGAGGGCCUAAAAAGAAAGACGCAAGAUGAAGCGAAGAGGAUAGCGGAAGAGGAACGAAAACAAACAACAGAAGUGACGUUUGGAAACAAUGACUCGGGCUUUCAACUAGGAGCUAAUAGUGGGACUAUCUCGGGGUGCACGUUCGGAGGUCCUCGUUCAUAA